CACAGGCAGUCUUGCCACUCUGACUAAUAGUCGCUCCACAGUUACUUCACUUUUGAUAAAAUGGCUGCGUCAAACACAACGAGAAUUGUCAUCUUGGGAAAAACUGGAUCUGGGAAAAGCAGCCUGGCUAACACCAUAUUUGGAGAGAAAGAUCGGUUCACAAUCAACCACACUCUAAACUCUGAAAAAACAGAAUGUCGAGCAGAAACCAAAUCUGUCAAUGGAAGAAGCAUCACUUUGAUCGACACUCCUGGUUUCUUCGACACAGACAGAUCUAAAGAGAAGCUGAAGCCCGCGAUAGUGAGAUGUAUCACAGAGUGCGCUCCUGGGCCUCAUGCUUUUUUUAUUGUGCUUAGAGUGGAGAAAUUCACAGAGCAGGAGCAGGCUGUCAUCACAGAACUAAACCAAUACUUUUCUGAAGAAGUCUUCAAAUAUGCAACAGUUAUCUUCACUCAUGGUGACCAGCUCGAUGAAGGACAGAAAAUUGAGGAUGCUGUCCACCAGAAUAAGUUAACGAGUGAGCUGGUGAAGAAGUGUGGAGGCCGUUGCCACGUCAUUGAUAAUAAAUACUGGAAGAACAACCAGCAGGAAAAAUACAGGAACAACCAGUUCCAGCUGGAGGAGCUACUCAAGUCAAUAGACAAGACAUUGAAGGCAAACAAAGGAAGCUGCUACACCAAUAAGAUGCUACAAGCAGUGGAUGAUAAAAUACAACAAGAGAAGAAGUGCAUUAGACAAUCAUCAGGACACAUGUCAGAAAAAGAGAUCACAGAGCAGGCUAAAGACAGAGUAUAUCAUUGGCUUUGGAUCAAACUGGCAGGUAUUACGACAGGUGCAUUGUUAGGAGCUCUUUUUGGUGUAUUAUCGAUGGGUAGAGAAGUUGUCACAGUAAUAACCAAUAUAGGAGCAGCUACAGCAGGAGGGGUAAUAGGAGGAAUGUCAUUAGGCACACGUGUAGGGAUAUCUGCUCUUAGCGGAGCGGCGAAAGGAGGUUUAACAGGAUACCUUGCAGCUGAGGGAGCAGACUCACCACAGGAAGCAGCAGAGAGGGCAGCAAAGGCUGUCGUGAAUGAAGCACUGUCUCCCUUUAAAGCACUUUGAAAAGCCAAAGAUAAAACAGAGUCAAAACCUUUAUGAGCCCUGACUCUUGAAUUUAUCAUUAAAGUCACAUCUCCCUGUAGUUUGCAUGCAAAUCUUGUCCUAAACUAUCUUUAACCAUUGAGCUGAUGAUAUUACGUCAUAAUCAUAUGGAAUAGGUUGUACUUCUUGCCUGAGCUUCAACCUUCAGUUACUUAUUCCUGUUUCACAAGCUAAUUCUGAAUUAACACUUACACUUACCUAUACUAUAGAUUUGAUAUUGUACAUACAUAUCUGAUCCCCUUUUAUAUUUUAUAAUCCAUACUAGUAACCUGUUUUGGCAUUGUAUAUAUUUUGGAUUUGCACCUUAUUGUUAUUUUAUAUUUGCAGUCUUUCCUAAUUUGUGUUGCAACUGCUACUAAAGAAAAGUACAAUCUUACAGUACCUUGUCUUAUCUUAAUCACUGAGUGUCUGAUGUGUUGUUUAGUGCAUGUUCUGUCAACUGUAGCCACAAGCCACAAAUAUAAAAUCGUUUUAACAUCUGUCAUAGAUAAGAUCUUUAAAAAUGUUUUAAUCAAACAAGUGUACAUUGUUGGCUGUAUUUCUGUCUCUGUUGAAACAUUGCUCGCUGUUUCCUGUUGCAAAAUAUUAACCAGGAAAUGGCACUUAAAGUAUGAACAACAUCAUUUUGUUAGACAGUAGUUGUGGUUCUUUGUGGAUUGCAAUGUAUCACCAAGACAAAUAUGAACGAUGAAUAAAUUGAAAUAUGAAGAAAUGUUA